AAGUUCAUCUCUUAAAUUGAAUGAUCUCCGAGGAAUUGUUUCUCUGAGUUAACUACUAUUCGGAUUCAAACGAUUUCAGAGGAAGAUGAAGACAUUACUUUAUGUCGUGGUUGUAUCACUCUUUAUUUCAGCAUGGGUGCCGCCAGCAUGCUGCUCCAAGAAACCAGCAGGAAAAGCUAGGAGGGAAGACAUCCCGUACAUCAGAUGCCAAGUCUGUGAAAAGCUUGCUAAGCAGUUGUAUCAUCAGGUUCAGAAAAAGCAAGCGGAGAUCGCUCCGAAAAAGAUAUUGGAGUUCCAGAUCAUUGAGAUAGCUGAGAAUAUCUGCAAUCUCAAAAAAGCGGAAGCUGAUUGGAUAUUGCAGAUAGAUAUUGUAGAAAAUGAAGAUAAAUUGGAGCUGGUGGAACAAGACUCUGAAGGACAAUGUAAUUCUGAAUGCAAGACAAUAGAGCAGGCUUGUCAGGAGGUAAUAGGAUAUUCUGAUACAGAUGUUGCUGAAUAUCUAUACAAAUCCAAGCCUGACGUUGACUUAUUGCUCAAAUAUUUCUGUAAAGACCUUACUAAGGCAUGCAGCACCAAACCACCCCCUGUACCUAAGGACAGGGCUCCUGGAGAACCUUUUGUUCCAAAGUCAGCUAAAGAGGCUGAAAUGGACAGGCUUUUGAAAUCUAUGGAGGGGAUGCCCGGAGCCCCUGGCAUGAAAAUGUACUCCAGGGAGGAUUUAAUGAACAUGAAGAAUUUUGGUGAAGAUGGUGUUGAUGAAGAUGAGGAUGAUGAUGAUGAUGAGGCUGGCUUCCCUUCAAAAUUGGGAAAAGUUUUAAGGGAAAAAGAAAGCGGAAGUGACUGGAAACAGAAGCUAAGGAAAGGUAUUUCAGACAGUGCUAUGACACUGAAGCAACAUGCCGACAGAGUCUCCAAUCAUUUACGUCAAUGGUGGAGGGGAAAGAAGGCAGGAACUUCAAAAAAGGGACAGAAGACAGGAAAGUCAGAACUUUAGAGCAUCAAAAUUUCACACUGCAUCACUUGAUUGCUUAAGUUCUUCAAUCGUUUCUUGAUUGAAGGUCCCUCUGCCCAAGCUUGGCAGGAAGAAGAAUUAUAAGGGAAGGGAUUUAAUUCUACGAGAUUUACACAUCUAAUCAUGGAUUUGGGACCUUCAUGUACUUUUGUGUGACAAGGCUGUCCGUAAGAAUUUAAGAUGGUGGUUUGUCUGCCACUUCACCUCUCCCAAAUUGGGUAUAAACACUUGCAAUACGUCCGAUGUGUUUUUCAUUUUCGGAAUAGUAGCACUUUUUUCUAAAA